GAUGGAAAUGAAAUGGCUGUGUGGUGGCCUCCACAGUCUGUCAUCAUCCAUGCACUCCUCCCUCUGCUCUACAAAUCUCGAGCCCCAGAGCAGCAUCCUGCCCUCGUUGAAGUCUGCGCCCUCCAAUGGAAUCGGUUCAUGAGAGUGCACCAGCUGCUAAGAUACUUGUUGGAGUCUCGCUUGAUGCCCGAGCGAGCUCACAGCUUCUCUCAUGGGCAGUCACAGUAGCCGCUCGACCAAAUGACACAGUUAUCGCUUUGCAUGUUCUUGUUCGGAAAGCAGAGAAGAGGCUGAAGUCGGAGAGAAGUAGUUUGCGACAGGCUCAGGCAUCUGUGAUCUCUGCUGUUGGGGAGUUCGCUGGAGUCUGCCAAACUAAGCGGGUGACGUUGGAGGCAAAGGUCAGGACUUGUUCGAGCGUUGGAGAAGGACUUGCCGACGAAGCGGCACUGGUUGAGGCCAACCUUCUUGUUCUCCGCAGAAACUCAUUUGAAAUAGUGAGAUAUUGCCUCAAGAAUGCUCCUGAAGGCUGCUCCAUUGUUGGUGUGGAUGUGGAUGUGGAUGUGGAUGUGGAUGUGCAAGCUCUGCCUAGAAAAGAUGGUGAUGUAGACUCCUUAACAUACGAUGAUAACAACAGUUCCUCGAGCUCGAGAUUGACAUACAAAGACAACAACAACAACAUGGUUAAUGCUCUCUCCCCGCUGCGCAAGUUCUUUGGAUCAACUUCCAAGAGAGACAGAAGGCACUCUUCGAGCGAAAGCAUUUGUGAGAAGGAAUCACCUAGAGGAGUUCUGGAAGGGCCAGAGGCAGCGAGCACCCCCGCAGACGACUGCUCGAGUUCGUCAAGCAGUGUCAUCGGCCGACGUAGCCACACCAACAACUGGAGGCGGCUAUCUGUGGCGAGGCUGUUCUUUCCUUUGCCUCCCUCGCCGGAGGACUCGAUAAGCAUGGAGGGUGAUGCAUGUUCAUCCUACGCUGAGGAGGUGAAGCCUUCCUGGACGUGCUUUUCCUACGAGGAGAUCUCGCGCGCUACAAACAAGUUCCAUCCGGACAACUUGGUGGGGAGAGGUGGAUUCGCGGAGGUGUUCAAGGGAAGCCUUCGCAGUGGCCAGAAUGUAGCAGUAAAAAGGUUGGCCAAAGGCGAAGGGGACCAGCUGAAGGAGAAGGAGUUCCUGGUCGAGCUCGGCAUUCUUGGGCAUGUUCGGCACCCAAACACAGCCUACUUGAUCGGGUGUUGCAUCGAGAACGGGCUUCAUCUGGUCUUCGAUUUGUCUUGCAAUGGAAGCUUGGCAUCAGCUCUGCACAGUGAGGCUUUCCCCAUUUCCUCGCUCCCUUCUUCUUCUCCAUCCUCACCAUGCAGUUCUGGAUAUGACCUGGAUGUGUCAGGUAAACAUGGCAGGGUUUUGGAGUGGUCGGCGAGGUACAAGAUCGCCAUAGGUAUAGCCCGAGGCUUGCAUUACCUUCACAAAUGCUGCAGGCACCGGAUCAUCCACCGCGAUAUCAAGGCUUCCAAUGUUGUUCUUGGCGCAGACUUUGAACCCCAGAUUUCAGAUUUUGGACUAGCAAAAUGGCUUCCAAAACAAUGGACUCAUCACUCUGUCAUCCCAAUAGAGGGCACCUUGGGGUAUCUGGCACCGGAGUACUUCAUGCAUGGGAUAGUCGAUGAGAAGACCGAUGUCUUUUCAUUUGGUGUUCUACUGUUGGAGAUUGUUACUGGCAGGAGGCCGGCGGACACCUCAAAGCAGAGCCUGCUUGUGUGGGCCAAGCCACUGAUGCAGUCUGGAAGAAUAGCUGAGCUAGCUGAUCCCAAGCUGGAAGGUAAGUACGACAUGGAUCAGAUGCAAAGAUUAGUGGUCACCGCCUCAUACUGUGUGAGACAAUCAUCGAUUUGGCGUCCACCCAUGAGUGUUGGGUCUCCUAACUAAUGACCGUGAUUCAGUGGAAGCACAGAUACGGAGUAUUCCUGAAUGCCAGGUUGAUGAGAUGGAUGAUUACAAUUUGGCUACAGAUUGUUCCCUCGACUACUAGCCAUCUGUUUUGGACUAUGAUGGAAUUUUGUGUGUUGUGUUUUCUUUUUCUUGGAGUUUCUUUCUUAGGUUUUAGAGAUUGUCAUGUAAUUAUUAUUGGACCAAUGUUGUACUGAUCGUCUCUUUUAUGAUGAGCAUAGUUUUGAGCUUUA